AUGAGUCUACGUGAAUCGAAUCUCAGCCGCGCGGCGCGCUACGCCAUUCCGUUCGCUCUCGUCCUCAUCGCUGCCUGGAGGACACAGGUUAAUGCCAAAGUGCCGGAGGCGUAUCUGGAUGAAGUGUUCCAUGUCCCCCAGGCUCAGGCCUAUUGGGCGCACAAAUGGACUCACUGGGACCCAAAGAUAACAACCCCGCCGGGCCUGUAUCUAUGGUCAUACGUCCUUUGCGCCGCCAUGCUCGCCCUCCGCGGGUCUCCGGCGAAACUCGACGUCGCAGCUCUACGUACGACCAAUGUUGCCGCGACUGCGGUCUUUCUACCUUGGCGAUUACAAACACUCUUGGAUACCGUGCAGAAAGUGCGGAACAACCGGCCCUUCAGCGCGUGGCUCAGUCAUACCGUCCUGAACAUAUGUCUAUUCCCUCCGCUGUUUUUCUUCUCGGGCUUAUACUAUACCGACAUUCUCGCUCUAUUGGUGGUUAUUGAAGCUUAUAAUUGGGAUCUGAAGCGUGUGAAUGGAGGCAAAUAUGGGCCAAUCUAUGCGUUGGGCUUCCUGGUCUUUGGAUUGGCUGCUCUGGUUUGCAGACAGACGAAUAUUUUCUGGGUAUCCGUAUUCUUGGGUGGACUACAGGUCGUUCGUACAGUUCGCCAGUCUGCGAAAACUUGUAAAUCGUCUGAAAUCUCAGCGGUUGUCAAGGGUGGAUUCCGGAAUGAAGUAUACGACCCGCUCGUUGCGGAAGCCUCCUUGGAAGAUUACUUCAAAACUGCUCUCUCGCUUGCUGCUGCAAGUCUCAGAAACCCGUUCUCUAUCGUUGCCUCGAUCAUCCCCCACAUCAUUAUCAUGGGAGCGUUCGGUGGAUUUGUCCUCUGGAACGAGGGCGUUGUGCUUGGACACAAGGAGUUCCACACGGCGGGAAUACAUUUGGCCCAAAUGCUCUAUAUCUGGCCGUACUUCUUCUUUUUCUCGUGGCCAUUGCUGGUCAUCCCCGUGCUCAACUUCAUUGCACCGACUAGCAUUUUGCCCAAGUGUCUGAACUACGGAUUCCCCGAGAAGCAAAAGAAGCUACCAAGACUCGUGGCUGCUCUAGCCGUCUUGCCGGCUAUGCUUGCCGUCGUGCAUUUCAAUACGAUCGUGCACCCUUUUACUCUCGCUGAUAACCGACACUACGUUUUCUAUGUCUUCCGCCUCCUACUCGGAGUGCACCCGGCAGUGAAAUACGGUGCAGUCUUGGUAUACUUCCUUUGUGGAUGGGCAGUCAUCUCCGCCUUCGGCUUCUCUAUCGUCCUAGCGCCACCUCGACUCGUGCAGGUUCCUUCGUCCUCAAAGCCCGCCGCACCUGCGCCCAACCCACCUGCUGCCCCUACCGAGGAACCUCAAGGCAACCGGAAAGAGCGUCGCGCCAAGGCGAAAGAGGACAAAGCCACAUCCAAGAAGGAGGCUACAUCUAAGAAAGACACUGGAUCCAAGAAGGGCAAGCAGACAGAACCUGAUCCACAGUCCCCCGAGGCACUCGCCAAGGUCCAAGAGCACCUCACUCAGCGACAGAUUCAACAACCCAAUGCGCCUCGAGUUAGCUUCGUUCUUGUUUGGCUCGCUACAACCGCUUUGUCAUUGGUCACUGCCCCUCUUGUCGAGCCGCGCUACUUUAUCAUUCCUUGGGUGAUGUGGCGUCUGCAUUUACCGUCCUCCCCGAUCCCUGCUAUGUACCGCCAGAAACGACCGGAGCUGGAAAGUGAGAAAGCCCGCGCGGAUAUGAUUACCAAUGCUCCUAAGUUCCUGGAGACUGUGUGGUUUAUCAUUAUUAACGCUGUGACCGGGUAUGUCUUCCUUUAUAAGGGCUUUGAAUGGCCUCAGGAACCUGGCAAGAUUCAGCGGUUUAUGUGGUGA